AGAAGGUUUAUUUUGGCUUUUCUCGUCGCUCUUCCGCCGCCAUUAAAUACACAGAACAACACCAUGGGGUACAGACAUUAAAAUGAUUUAGAACUGAAAGGGGAAAGGGGGUUGUUUCCACAUCGGGUAUCUUCUAAUUGUUGUGAGUUCUGACAAAUCGGAACAAUGUAAUACGUUGAGGUCACACAAAACAGACAAAACGGGAAAGGCUCAAGCUCGAGAGGACGAGGGACUGCUGGGCAACUGGAAGGGUUUGUUGUGUUUGUGUACCCGAGGAAGAAGUAAUACUCUCCUAGAAAGAGCACUGUGUUGCCUGUCCUCUCUACGGGGUCUGACAGAAGUGUGUGACAGGGUGCCUGUGAAUCUGACGAAUCAGCAAUGACGGAGCUUGGGGUGAAAUGGGCCUGUGAGUACUGCACUUAUGAGAACUGGCCAUCCGCAAUUAAAUGCACCAUGUGCCGUGCCCCGAAGCCCGGUUCCCCUAUCAUCACCGAGGAGCCCUUCAAGAGCAGCCCAAUGCUGGACCCUGGCCGUGAGUGGGACCCCCCCAGGGACGAGGGGGGUGGCAGCAGCCUCCUCAUUUGCCCUGACUCCAGUGCACGACCCCGUGUCAAGCAGUCAAACCAGGCUGAACCCAGCGGCAAGUGGUCUUGUCACAUAUGCACCUACCUGAACUGGCCGCGUGCCAUCCGUUGCACCCAGUGCCUGUGCCAGCGCACGCGCAGCCCCACCGAGUCCCCGCAGACCUCAGGCUCCGGCUGCAGGCCGGUGCCCCCUCCUGUGGACACUUGCGAGGAGUACAACGACCGCAACCGACUCAACACACACACUCAACACUGGACCUGCUCCGCCUGCACCUACGAGAACUGGCCAAAGACCCGCCGCUGUGUCGUGUGCGACCACCCCAACAGCCACCCAGAGCCCAUCCAGCCGGCCGAGUCGGACGACUCCUCCUCUUCACUCAUCAACGAGCAGGACCGAGCUCGCCGGAGGGCCGGGGGAGGCAGCUGCAGCGGCGCGGGGAGUCAGCGCAGGUCCCCCCCCACCUCCAAGAGGGAGGCCGAGCUGCAGAUCCAGGACUUUCAGAGGAUUGAGCUGGCCGCAGGUGCCAUGAGCACCAAGGAGGAGCAGGAGGUGGACUUCAAAAAGCUCAAGCAGAUCAAGAACCGCAUGAGGAAAACGGACUGGUUAUUCCUCAAUGCUUGCAUAGGUGUGGUCGAGGGCGACAUGGCGGCCGUCGAGGCCUACAAGUCGUCCGGCGGCGACAUCGCCCGGCAGCUGACCGCAGACGAGGUGCGGCUGCUCAACCGGGCCUCGGCGUUUGACGACGGCUUCACGCUGGUGCACCUGGCCAUCCGCUUCCAGAGGCAGGACAUGCUGGCCAUCCUUCUCACCGAGGUGUCGCAGCAGGCGGUCAAGUGCAUCCCGGCGAUGGUGUGUCCGGAGCUGACGGAGCAGAUCCGCCGCGAGAUCGCCUCCUCCCUGCACCAGCGCAAGGGCGACUUCGCCUGCUACUUCCUCACCGACCUGGUCACCUUCACCCUCCCAGCAGACAUUGAGGACCUGCCUCCUGCCGUUCAGGAGAAACUCUUUGAUGAGGUGCUCGACCGGGAUGUCCAGAAAGAGCUGGAGGAGGAGUCCCCGGUGAUCAACUGGUCCCUGGAGCUGGGCACGCGGCUGGACAGCCGACUGUACGCGCUGUGGAACCGCACGGCCGGCGACUGCCUGCUGGACUCGGUGCUGCAGGCCACCUGGGGCAUCUACGACAAGGACUCGGUGCUGCGCAAGACGCUCCACGACAGCCUGCACAACUGCUCCCACUGGUUCUACACGCGCUGGAAGGAGUGGGAAUCCUGGUACUCUCAGAGUUUUGGUCUGCACUUCUCACUGAGAGAGGAGCAGUGGCAGGAGGACUGGGCCUUCAUACUGUCUCUGGCCAGCCAGCCUGGAGCGAGCCUUGAGCAGACACACAUUUUUGUUCUUGCACACAUCCUCCGUCGGCCCAUCAUAGUCUACGGAGUCAAGUAUUACAAGAGUUUCCGUGGCGAGACGUUAGGCUACACCCGAUUCCAAGGUGUGUACCUACCCUUGCUAUGGGAACAAAGCUUUUGUUGGAAAAGCCCUAUUGCUCUUGGUUACACAAGAGGCCAUUUCUCUGCAUUGGUUGCCAUGGAGAACGAUGGCUACGACAAUCGAGGCGCAGGCGCCAACCUCAACACUGAUGAUGAUGUCACAGUGACGUGCCUGCCACUGGUGGACAGCGAGAGGAAGCUGCUGCACAUCCACUUCCUGUCUGCUCAAGAGAUGGGGAACGAGGAGCAGCAGGAGAAGCUCCUGCGUGAGUGGCUGGACUGCUGUGUGACGGAGGGGGGCAUGCUGGUGGCGCUGCAGAAGAGCUCGCGGCGCCGGAACCACCCGCUGGUCACGCAGAUGCUGGAGAAGUGGCUGGACGGCUACCGGCAGAUCCGGCCCUGCGCCACGCUCUCGGACGGCGAGGAGGACGAGGACGACGAGGACGAAUGAGCGGCGGGACGAGCGCGCACUAAGGGAGGCUCGCGGGCGCCACGCCCGCACGGUGGUGGGUAGUGGUGGUGGGGGCAGCGGUGGGUGGCAGGCGCACCACAGAUGACGCUCAUGGACAACACAGAUCACAUACUGGCACACACACUCAUAAUUGCUGACCGAAUCUCUCUCUUACACACACACACACACACACACACACACAGCUCUCCUCUUCCUAGCAGAGGUGUACGGCCUGCUCUCAUUUCGGGUCCACAAAAGACCGCCGAGGUGCAUGUUUUUUGUGGAGCUGGACAUUGAACCCCUGCCUGAAACACACCACACCCAUUGCAAAAACAGCUGUGACUGGACAGAGCAUCAGGAACGAUUUGAAAUAAAGGAUUCUAGUUUGAGGAAAUGUAUGGAAUAAUCAACAUAUAUAAAUAUAUGUAUAUUCUCCCGAUACUCCCCCCUCCUAUCAAAUUGUAAAUCUGUAUCCAUCAAGAAUGCAUGUGAUUGAGGGUGUACUAUAGGAACAGGACCAGCAUUGAGAAAGAGGGAGGUCUUUAAAGAGAUUUAUUAUGGGCACUUACAAAGCACAUUUUCCAACGAUAAUGUUUUUUGUUUUCUUUGAUAAGAGUUUCUGGUUGGCUUCCUGAGAUAAAUCUGACAUACUAGAUUGGAAUAAGGCAACAGAAGCCAUUGUGGUCACCACACCCUUUAUAGCAGAUUGACUUUGGGUUGUAGGCCUGUUGUGAAGAUGUUUCUGUUGAUGAUAUUGACAGCCACUCACACACUAAAGAGAUUAUUUGUGGCAUAACAGCCUAAGAGGAAACCCUUGGAUAGCAAUGAUGGGCCACUGUCCCUUGUUUUUAUUUUGUUGAAGGGUUUUGUUUUUUUUCUCUUGUUUACCCCUGUUGCAAGCCUUCUGAAAUCUUUUUGUUGACUGUAUUUAUUUGUUUAGGAGUGCUAGCAUCAGAGGAACAAUGUAACUUUACCCUCCCCGUUUAUGACCUGCUCUGUUUCCCUCCCCCAUUUGUGGUUCUGUUAAUUCAAUCUUGACAAAUGUUUAUGUUGCACAAAAAUACAUACUCUUGCUGUGAGAAAAAAAAAAAAAAGAUCUGUACAAGUUUACUGACAUUUUGAACAAUGUGUUAUCUAGUACCUCAUGAUGAUGUUAUGACCUGGUGCUCCCUCCUCUGGGGAGCAAGGGGAUGAACACCAAACGCAUCCAGCUUCUGCAGAGUGCAUUAACAUUAAAUUAGAAACACUUCUGUCCUACCUGGAUUUCA